AUGAACUGGAUAUCAACAGAAGAUUAUCAUUCAACAAAUCAAAACAAUAAUCAUCCCUAUAUUUUGUCUAAUCAAUUGAAAUCACAAAGGAAUAUUAAUAAACUUGAAUCAUUAAACAUAGAAACAGAUGUUAAUACCAAUAAUAACACUAAUAAUUUAGCUUCCUUCUCACAAUGUUCAAAUUUAUCGUCAUUAAUUGAGAAUCACUAUCAAAGUACAAAUCUUUUAGAAAAAACAUCAAUACAACAAUUAUCAGAAAAAUCCAUAAGAGUCCCAGUAAUCCCUACUUUACCAAUGAAAAAUAUUAACUGUAUAAAUAAUAAUGUACAGAAAUGUAUUGAUUGUAAUGGCGAUUCAAUAAACUAUUUGGAUAAUGUAAAGUUCUCCUAUAAAAAUGUAGAUGAAAUCGAUCAUUUAUAUAAGAAACUACGAAAAAGUUUAAAACAAAACAGCUUACUUGAAUAUUAUUUUUUAUUAAUUCUACAACAUUUAUUUAAAUCAUUAUUAUUAUUUAAGAAUAAUUCUAUUGAUAAUAAACAUAAACAUAUACAUACAACCUACAUGUAUAAUACAUAUUAUAUCAUUAUAAUAUGGAAAAAAUUUAUUGAAAAUUGUCAUUUAUUAAUAUGUUCAGUCAAAACAAUUCAUCAAAAUAAUUUUAAAACAUUGAAUAUUGUACAAAAAUAUAAAAGUAAAAGUUUAUUAGAUUUAACAAAUUUUAUGAAUUAUAAUAAUUAUCCAUGGAGUAUUUCAUGUACAUAUAAAUCUUUCUCUCAAUGCUUUAGAUCUAGUUUACCAAUAUUGAAAACUGAUCAAGCUAUAGUUAUGAAUGCAAACCCUAAUAAUAAUAAUAAUAAUAAUAAUAAUAAUAAUAAUAUGGUUAAAAGUACAUCAUCUAGUGAUUUCGAAUCGAUUUGUUCUGAUAACGACCAACUAGAUAAACAUAUAGAAAGUGAAGAUUUAACAAAUAUUUUCAACCGAAAUUUCUGUCUAUCUGAAGAAUUAAAUACAGAAACUAAAGAUGCACAAAUCAAUUCUAAGAUAACUUUGGAAUUAUCGAAUUUAAAAUCUUCAAACAAGAAUAUAUUUGAAAGUUUAGAAAAGAAUAGUUCAUCCAUAAAUAAUGAAUUAACAUAUUCAUCUAUGUCUAAUAAUAGUUGUUCUGAAUUGUAUCCACAGUUACCAAUAAACUCUAUACCAGCUCCACCGCCAUUAAAUUCCCUUCCUCCUCCACCUCCACUCCCAGAAAAUUUUUUUUCUUCAUCAACGAUAUCAUUUACAUCAGUAUUAGGUAAUACUUCAAAUGAAGAUGAAAAAUCCCAUCAUCAAGAAAUAAAAAACCAAAUAGCAUCCAGUACUACAAAUGUAAGCGAAUCUAAUACUCAUAAGUUAAAACCAUUUCGUUGGACUAAAGUUUAUACUUCUAAAAAUAAUAAUGUAUGGAAUAAUAAUAAUGGUACAUGCUCGAAAACAUCUGAUCAUAAUGAGAUUGUAAGAAGAAAACCAAUAAACUUUAUUAAUCUGAGCAAAUUAAAUGUCCUAUUUGCUCAAAAGCAGAAACUUUCUAUGAAAAAUCAUGAAAUGGAAAUAUCACCGAACACAGAGUCGUUUAGCCUACCAAUGUCAACUGAUAAACAAAUAGUUGAAAGAGGAAUUAAUUAUGACUCUUUUCAUCAGAAAUACUCAGGUGAAAAAAACAUACAAGAAAGCAAUUUAAAAGUACCUCCGACUUUGGAUCCUAAACUACAUUGUGCUAUAAAUUCUUAUCCCAUACGUGGGAGAUCACUUUCAUCUUCGCGUACUAUGGAGUUUAUUCAAAAACAUAAUGAGCCCAACUUAUUGGAAAGUCAACGGUGUUUGAAUAUAAACAUUUUUCUACGUCAGUUUCGACAUAUUCAUAUAAACUUACUCGAUCUGAUUGAUCAGUGUGAUGGUAGUUUAAUUGGUUCAGAACGGUUAAAAGAUUUGAUUAAAUUACUUCCAACAGAUCAAGAAAUAGAGUGCUUAAAAGCAUUUCAAGGUAAUAUAAAUUAUAUGGAUCCUGCUGAACGAUUUUUUUAUGAUUUAGUUAGAAUACCAAAAUAUUAUCACAAAAUUGAUAGUAUGUUACUGAAAGAAGAAUUUCAACCAACGAUCAACUGGAUAAAAUCAUCACUAGAUAAUGUAAUGAAAACCAGUCAAGAAAUACUAACAUCUCCAUUAAUUUGUGAAUUACUUCAGACUGUCUUAGAAAUCGGGAAUUAUAUGAAUGAGGGUAACAAUCUCGGAUCAGCAUCUGGCUUCAAACUUUCCAGUUUGCUAAAACUUUCUGAAGUUCGAUCAAAUGAUUCAAAAUUCACUCUAUUACAUUUCCUUGUUCAGGAGUUUAAAACAAGUAAUCCACAAAUGUUAAGAAUUACCGAAACAAUACCAUAUUUAAAGGUAUCAUCAGAUGUAUCACUCGACUUAAUUAUAAAAGAAAUUAAUCGGUUCAGAAGUAGAUUGCAAAAUAUGACUCAACAAUUUGAUCCAGAAACAUUUGGAGGGCAAUCAAAAAUUUGUGAAUUUAUCGAGCAAUCAAAUAAAGAACUAAAUGAUGUACAAACACAAGUGGAAAAACUUCAAGAACUAGAAAUGAAGUGUGCGCAAUAUUUCUGUGAAUGUCCAACACAAUUUAGAAUUACAGAAUGCCUACAAACAUUCAGUUUAUUAUUUGAGAAAAUGAAAUCCACAGAGCAAGAAAUAGAAGAAUUUGAACAAAUGAAUAAAGAGAGACUGGAAAAAUUAAAUAAAAAUGAUGCAUUGAAUCAAGCAAAUGCAAAAUAUAAUCAUAAAAACAGUCGAAUAGCAGAAGAUAAACCAAAAUCAAGCCAUGACGAUCAUAAUACAAUGAUGAACCUAAUUUCUAACAAUAUAUCAAAUCCUAGAGUAGUAUACAAUCGAUCAAGAAGUCGUUCUAAUGCGAAUAAGCCUAAUUUUUCGAACUCUUUAAAUUCAUCAUCUAAAUUCACCAAAGAAAAUAACAAACUGAAUAAGGACAAACGUAAUACAGAUGAAUUGAAUAUGGUCUCAAAAUCUACUAUUUCACAUUCUACGUCAGUGUUUGAAGUACGUGAUUAAGACUACAGUAUCUGUGUUAAUAUUUAUAUAACCUUUAAUUCAUUGACAGAAUAGAACAUGUUAUACAGAAUCAAAAUUUCACACUUUGUAUUUAGAAACAGUAUAGUUUACAGUUAUAGAACAAUAACUCAGUGAUUAAGUGCCUUCUUAUUGAUUCGGUGUAGCAGUGGCCCCUUCAUCAGUCAACCUCAACAUACACAAGGCAAAAAGCGAGAUCCUCAAAUACAACAUGAAGAACACCAAGCUAAUCACACUUGAUAGAGAAACUCUGGAAGAGGUAGAAACUUUCACGUAACUGGACAGCAUCAUCGAUGAACAACGAGUAUCAGAUACAGACGUAAAGGUAAGGAAUGGCAGUCCCUACAGUUGAAGAACACAUGGAACUCAAAACAACUUUCUGCAAGCCAAACAUCAAUCACAAUCUUCAAUACGAACAUCAAGACAGUUCUACUGUAUGGAGCAGGAAAAUAGAGAACAACUUCAACUACCAAACUGUACAAGUAUUUAUAAACAAUUGUUUACUCCAUAUACUGAGUGUACGUUGACUGGAUACCAUCAGCAACAACCUACUGUUGGAAAGAACAAACCAGCCUCCAUCUGAAGAGGAAAUUAGGAAAAGACACUAGAGGUGAGUACAAAAUACAUUGUGGAAAUCAUCGGACUGCAUCGCAAGACAAGCCCUGACUUAGACUUCUCAUGGAAGAAGGAAAAGAGGAUUAUCUAAGAGCAUGUUGCGUCGGGAAUCGGAGACAGAAAUCAAGAGACAGAAUAGCAAUCGGAAACGACUGGAAAGGAGAGCCCAGGACAGAAUUGGUUGGGGGAUCCUAGUGAGCGGCCUAUGCUUCUCCACGAAGAGUAACAGGCGUAAUUAAUACUAUUUUAAUUAAUACAACUGAUGUGAUCCAGUGAAUUGAUAUAAUAAUUAUCGAAUACAUUGUAUUAAAAACAAAUGGACAAUGAAUAGCAACUGUUAUCGUUAACACAUUACUUCACUUGUCAUUAACCUGCAACAGUGAUAGAAGAAUAAAAUCUGUCCCCUAAAUAAAUAUUGAUAUGAUAAACAUAAUUUUUUAUAUCCACUUCUAGACAAAUUGAUACUACCAUAGGAGAAUUACUGAAAAAUUUAUACUGAAGACAGUAUCAACAAAUUCCAUGCCAAAAUACAUGUUGAUCAAUGCUGAGUAUAAUAUGAACUUGUAUACAGUUAUUGAUUGAGUUGGACUACCAACAUAGUUCAAUCAAAAUAUAUAUUUCAGUUUGAAUUCAACAAAAGAUGUUUACUGGUUAAUUCACUUGCUCUUUGAAAUUUCUUCAAACAUUUUUUGACUGAAAAAUCCCUAAAAUUCAAUGAGUGUGAGUAGUAAAACUCGUGAUUUUCAAAUUGUUCAAGCUACAGAGAUUGUUAAAUCUCCCGAACAUCAUUAAAAUAGUGCACUGAACUGACCGAACAAUCUUUAGUCAAACUACAGACUUUUGUCGUGGUAAAUUCAAAUCGAAAUAAUAAUAUUAAUAUAUGUACUGAAAGCGAAACUUUUCAUCUUAAUUAGCUAGCUAUCUGUUGGAUGUAAACACUAUAUAAUAUCUUUCUAGACAAUUGAAUGAAGGAGAUUACAUAAAUUAUAUGUGGAAAAUCCUAGACAGAAAAUUAUAUAAAACAGUGGAUAUAUGUAGUUCAUUCACGACUAUCCAAAAGUUUAAAAAAAUAAUUCUCAAUUUCUUCAUAUUAAUUUUUCUCAUUUUAACUUAGCACUUGUCAACAAACACAAAUGAAAAGCACAAUAACAUUAGAAUAAGAUCACGUCAAUCAAUUGGACAACAUCGCAUGAAUACUAAAUUUCAAAUAAUUGACAAUGAAUUCGAACGUGAACGUAGGCCAUGGUCACAAAUUCAAAAUCAAUCAACUAAUUCUCCCAAAAAUGACAUUAACCAACAGUUAGAUGAAUCGAAAGCCAAUCAAAGUAGUGAUGAGGAGACAGUAUAUCGGUUGAAUGAACGAAUUAAACGAUUAGCAUUAAAAUUUAAUAAAAGCUAAUGGUACACACACUAACAAUAUACCAAGAUUAUCAUUUUAUUUUAGAAUUUGUAGUUUUUAUUCAUGAUUACUUAGUAAAUUUUAAAAAGAAACCUUUUCUUAAUGCUGCCAUUUCAGAUUACAGUAAGCAUAAAUAUCUAGAUUUUCUUUAGUUCAAUGUUUUCUGUAAAUGAGUUUUAUUAUAUUUCACUUGAGUGUGAUCAUUGAAUUUACUAUAGAUUUUACUUGUUAGUGUGUUUUACAACUGUAUUUAGAACAUCUAUAUCAAUGAUAUUGUAAAGUAAUAUCAUAUACUGUUAUAUUAAUGAAUAGAUUUGGCUUUCGCCAGAUUUAUGUUAUUUUUAUAGGGUGUGUUGUUUAGAUUUACUAGGUUCCUGAGAGUAUCUAUGAUGGAGACAAAUGCAUAUUCUCUUUAAAGUAUGAUUAUACUUUCAAAAUGUGCUACAAAAUGAGUGGUAAUCUCCUAUCGAACCUUUCUCAAAAAUGCUGAUGGCGAGUGUCUUUUCACAUCAAUCAUUUAGCCGGCUUUGGAGGUCACUGUGUCAGACGAUCACCCUCCUCAUACUUUAACUUGGUGUUUGCUACAAAUAGACGGUUACGUGAGCAUAGUUACAGACUAUAACUGUUACCUGAGCUCGGACAAUGAAAGACCUUAAGCGUCUUUCAACUCAGUUUGGUCUAUAUAACUGGUCAAUAAGGUGAACUGCUACCAUUACUACACCUACGUACCUAGUGUUCUGGAAGUCAGGAACGUUCCUAUGAAAAAUCAUAAUUGUUUCAUUCAAGCUCGUCAGUGUGAGUGUAAUCAGAGACCACCAAAAGAAAUCAGCGUGUCCCCAUCUUUUCAAGUGUUACCAUCCUGCUUAGUUUGGCACCGCGAUAUUUUCAACGCUAGUGAUCGUAUAAUUAAAUGUUAUUCCUAUUAAUAAAAGAUUUUAAGCAU